AUGGCGAAAUCUAUCGGUGCUAUCAAGUUGGCAUUACAGGGUUUGAAUUCCAUAUUGGAGGGUAAAGAAAGUAGGCUGAAGUUGGACUUCUCUCCUUGGAGGCAGGAGUUAACGGAGCAGAAAAUGAAAUACCCAUUGAAUUAUAAGACUUUUAGUGAAGCCAUCCCGCCACAAUAUGCUAUUCAGGUUCUAGAUGAAUUAACUAAUGGAAGUGCCAUUAUGUUAGUACAGGUGUGUGUGGGGCAACACCAGAUGUGGGCUGCCCAAUACUAUAAGUACAAAAAGCCACGCCAAUGGUUGACAUCUGGUGGAUUAAGAGCAAUGGGAUUUGGUUUGCCCGCUGCUAUAGGUGCGGCUGUUGGAAGACCGGGUGAGGUUGUGGUUGACAUUGAUGGUGAUGGGAGUUUUAUCAUGAAUUUGCAGGAGUUAGCAACAAUUAAGGUGGAGAAUCUCCCAGUUAAGAUUAUGUUACUGAAUAAUCAACACUUGGGAAUGGUGGUUCAAUGGGAGGAUCGGUUCUAUAAGGCUAACAGAGCACACACUUACCUUGGUGAUCCUGCUAAUGAGGAAGAGAUCUUUCGUAAUAUGCUGAAAUUUGCAGAGGCUUGUGGUGUACCUGCUGCAAGAGUGACACACAGGGACGAUUUUAGAGCUGCCAUUCAAAAGAUGUUACACUCCUGGUCCAUACUUGUUGGAUGUGAUUGUACCUCAUCACGAGCACGUUUUACCUAUGAUUCCCAGCCGCGGAGCUUUCAAAGAUGUGAUUACAGAGGGCGAUGUGAGACGUUCCUAUUGACUUUGAGAAGCUACAUAACUAGUUCUAGGCAUUGUAUUAUCUAA